AUGGCGGACAAACUAGACUUUGAUCCUAGCGCUUUCGCAGCCGAUAUGCAACUGCGCACUCGAAAGACCCGAAACUUUGACAAGAUCGAGCACGAUCUGCCCGAUCCCAAAUCCGCCGCUUUUCAAAAGACACAAGCUGCUGCGCUCUCAGCACCUGUCAAUGUCUCAGCGUGGCUCUCCCGCUUUGCGCAAUGGAACCCCUUCGGAAAAGCCGUCGAUGCUGGCGACAUAGUGUGGUUGAUGGAUAACACAGCGUACCAAAACCCUGAGACCGACCAGUGGGAAGCUGAGUUUGUCGCUGCAGUUUUUGAGAACGAGCCCAAGUGUCGCGUGGCGGAUAUAGUGUCUGGAAUUGCUUCAACGUUGGGGUUGGCGGACGAUGCGGCUGAGCGCGAUGUUAUCGAGAAGAGAAUCAUUCCGUUCCUCUGGGAUAUUCAAGCAGCGAGGGUUUUCUGGAUCGAGCAUAAGAAGAAGGAGAUUAAGUUGGGACCGACGAGUAUUAAUGGUAUCACGACGAGCGUUGAGCCUCUCCAUCACGCGCAUAAGGGGUCGGUAGUUGAUGCUACAGCGUUGGUACCUCAAGGCACCCAAGGCCUUCAUGACAUGCAGACUUACUACGCCGGACCUGAGGGCUGGGCCAUCAUAUCCGAUGUCGACGACACCAUCAAAGUCACCUUGACCAGCGAUCCACUAGGCAUCCUCAAGACCACCUUUGUCGACGAGCCAACACCAGUGCCUGGGAUGCCAGAGCUCUACUCAGAACUUCAGACUCUUCUCCCCCGCGAUACUCCUUGGUUCUACCUCUCAGCAUCCCCAUACAACCUGUACCCCCUUCUUCGAGAAUUCCGAGACCGCUACUUCCCGCAAGGCACAUUGAUCCUCCGAGAUUCGAGUUGGCGCACGAUAGCAGGCCUGCUGUCGGCGCUAACAAUGGGAACUGAGGAGUACAAGGCAGAUCGCAUGAAGAAGAUUCACUCGUGGUUACCAAAGAGAAAGCUCAUUCUGAUCGGUGAUUCAACACAAUCCGAUCCCGAGGCAUAUGGCGAAACCUAUCGAACAUUCCCAGGCUGGGUCAAGAUGAUACUCAUUCGCAAGGCCACAGACGUCGCUGCUAUUGGCAUUGAAGAGAAGAACCGGCUGGAGAGAUUUGAAAAGGCAUUCAAAAAUGUACCGGUUGAAGCGUGGCAUGUUUUUGAGGAACCGAGCGAUGGGAUUAUAGGGGCCAAGCUGUUGAUCAGAAACAAGGCUGGUGGCAUGUUGCACCCAAUCACAACAAACGGCGGAUCAAUGCUGAGCCAACAUACAGAAGCUGAUAUUACAUAUAUGUUGAGGCAUGUCCUAGUGUUAUCAACAUCUAUUGACGUCGCUGCCCGAGUCCCAUCUUCGGGGUUCAUUCUUACUUGCAAACGAGCUGGCCAUACUGCUACUAGCUUUGAGGAAGGUAAAAAAAUUCUUUACCAGACAAAUACUUUCAAGUUUAAAGCAAUGGAUGAACUUAUGGAGUUUCAAAGUUAUCAGAUUGCUCCUGAUCUGAAUCAUUUACUCACGCACAUCAAUACCCCAGUAUCGAUCAAAUUCAGCGACCUGGUCUGCUAUGGAAGCGAACUUGGAAGGACAGGGAGACCACAAACCCUCAACUUCACAAUGAUGUGCCAUACUCUGUCAGAGAUGAAGCAGGAGCUCAACCUGCGCUUUCAUGUGUAUAUGAGCAACGGGGAACCAUGGCCCAGACACACUGCUGAGAGCAAGAGACUUGCAGGCCAGGCUACCAAGUUCGGAGUUGAGACUCUUGUUGGCAACGGGCGGGUCACUUGUGUAAUUGAUGGCUGUGGCAUGGAUGGCUUCCCGGAACUUGUCAAGAGAAUAUGGUCGGAAAAGCUAGAAGGGGGGGUUGAAGCUUAG